AUGGUGGCCGUGUGGCCGCUCGCCCUGCUCGCCCUCGCGGCCGUCUCGCGUGCCGCCGACACUGGCCCGCAAUCCUUUCCCCUCCGCCAGGUGUCGCAGCGAGAGAACCACCCCGACCCGGCCGUCCGCACCGCGUUCGCGCGCGACGAGACGCUGUACCGCCGUAUCCGCUUCGCGUCGCGCCUCGGCCCGGACGAGCGCGCCGUGCUGGAGCGCGAUGUCGCGCGCCUCGCCCGCCGCCGUCGGGAUAUGCAGACCACGCCGCUCCUCGACUACAACUUUGACAUGGGAUACGCGGUUGCCAUGUCCGUCGGCACGCCGGCGCAGACGUUCGACGUCGUCGCCGACACGGGCUCGCACGACCUCGUGCUCUACGACGUCGUGUGUGCGGCGCAGUGCUCCGGCCGCCCAGUCUUCGACCACACCAAGUCGUCGACGUUUGUCAACCUCCAACAGGAUGUCUACCAGGCGUACGGUACCGGCGAUGCAAAGGGCGUGUUCGUCACGGACAGGGUAGUUAUAGGCGGGUACUAUGUGCAGACGCAGCCCAUCGCACUUAUCACGUCGAGCACAAUCGUCCAGUACAUGGGCUCCGGCAUAUCCGGUAUCAUGGGCUUUGGGUGGCCGAGCGUCGACAGCACGCAGACGGGCGACACGUUCAAGUCGCCCACGCCGAUGUGGCAGGCUCUCGCGGUGAGCUCGUGGACCGACAAGCAGUUUGGCAUGUGGCUUGGACGCACCAACGUCGACUCUGCGCACAUCAGCAACGACGCGUUGGUGGGCUCGGUGCCGGGGAUGGGUGACCUGUCGCUUGGUGGGCUCAACACAUCGCUGUACACUGGCCAGGUGUCAUACUACGACGCCAACGUCCAGCAGUGGUGGCAGAUCGCGCUGUACAGCUACACUCUGAACGGCAAGGAGGUGGUGCUCGGCGGCGGAGCGGGCGUGGCGGCCGUCAUCGACUCGGGGUCGACGGGCAUCAUGAUGCCACAGCAGUGCGCGGCAGCGUUCUACGGCGCGAUCCAGGGCUCCAUCGCCGUCACGGAUGCGAGUGGCAACCCGAACGGACAGUGGGCAGUGCCGUGCAACGCGAAGGCAAGCAUCUCGUUCAAGUUUGGCGGCGCGAACCAGCCGUCGUGGAGCAUGAGUGCGGCUGACGCGCUGCGGUCGUACGCCACGAGCCAGCCGACCAUGUGCUUCGGCAUUGUGCAGACGGGAGACUGGCUCCUCGGCGCGGCGUUCAUGAAGAACGUGUACACUGCAUUCCGGUACCAGCCGCCCCAGGUGGGCUUUGCGGCCCUGGCCCCAGCGUACAACUACCAGAGCACGAACGGCGGUGGCAAGGCAGGCGGGAGCGGAGGCGGAAGCGGCGGCGGCGGUGGAGGCAACGGGGCCAAGAGCCACGCCGUGCGCCGCGGCGCACUGCCGACCUUCUCCGCCGUCGUCGCCAUGGCGAUGCUGCCGUGGUUCGGCGCGGCGGUCCUCUCGCUCGAGUCCCGUCUCGACGACGCCCGCACAAUGCAGGCCGGCUUGCUCCUCGCCCUCGCUCUCGUCGGCAGCAGCGUGUUGGCCGCGCCAACGCCUUCUCCCCCCCGCCAUGUCGAGGCAGUACGCUCUGUAACGCUAGAGCACGCCCCCGCCCCCCGCCACCUGCACGCCGACAGCGCCGUGCGCGCCGCCUUCCGCCGCGACGAGGCACUCCGCGCCCGCAUAAAGUACGCCCCGCUGCUCGACGACGCCGAGCGCGACGUGCUCCGCCGCGACCUCGCCGCUGCACGCGUCGCCCGGAGGGAUGGAACGGAACGCGUGCCGCUCACCAGCUACAUGUAUGACACAGCAUACCUGGUGACCAUUUCAGUGGGAACACCACCGCAGGAGAUCCAGGUCAUCCCCGACACGGGCUCGUCGGACCUCUGGGUCUUCUCCGACCUGUGUACCGACUGUGGCGAGCGCCCCGUCUUGUUCCACUCGAAGAACUCUUCCUCCUUUACCUUUUCCGGCAAGUGGCGUAACCAGUCUUACGGGUCAGGCGAGGCGUCUGAGCAGCUGGCCAAGGACACGGUCUCGCUCGGCGGAUGGACGGUCGAGGACCAGGACCUCGCCUUGUUCGCGAGUGGCGACGUCGCUGCUGUGCUCCGCGCCCCGAUCGGUGGUAUCAUGGGCCUGGCUUGGCGCUACCUCGCGGCGGAGCACACCGCGCCGUGGUGGCAGAAUGCGGGGCCGAACUGGCCAGAGCCCGUCUUUGGCUUCCACUUUGGCGACCGUGGCGCGGCCGGCAACCUCUCGGCGCACGACACGACCGGCAUCGUCCCGACCAAGACGAACGCCGGGUCGCUCACGUUCGGGGGCCUGGACAAGGCGCUGUACACCGGCGACGUGCACUACAUUGAGAGCACGCGCGACUGGUGGCGCAUCACGCUCGACGGCCUCGCCGUCAACGGUCACACGAUCAACGUCACCAACGUCUGGGGAGACCUUCCGUCCCUAGCUGUCGACACGGGCACGUCGGGCAUCUUCCUGCCCCGCCAGUUCUGCGAGGAGAUUCUGGACCAGAUCCCCGGGGCGUCGGCCAGCGGCGACGACUACUUCAUGCCCUGCGACACCAAGGCCGAGUUCGAGUUGACGUUUGACGGCGUAAAGUACCCCUUCCCCGCCCAGAAUCUUGUCGGUGGCAAGGUCACUGGCCAGAGCAACCUGUGUGACUCUCUCCUCAACCCCGCUGUCUCUCAACCCAUUCUUGGCCUCUCGUUCCUCAAGAGCGUCUACACCGCUUUCCGGGCCGACCCACCAGCGGUUGGCUUUGCAACCCUUGCCCAAGCUCACAACUAG